AUGCUUGCUGAUAAUCUCGUGAAAGCUUUCAUUCAGUGCAAAAUAAUCUACCACAUUUCUCUGUUCGCAUUUCCCCCAACCACGCCAUUUUGGAACAACGGUAGCCUUGAUAAAUUCAACCAUUCAUUGUCUUUAUAUCUAUCUAUCUAUCUAUGGCGAUUUGACUAUCUAUCUAUCUAUCUAUCAAUAUAUAUAUAUAUAUAUAUCCUAGUUUGUUCAUAUCUAUCUAUCUAUCUAUCUAUCUAUCUAUCUAUCUAUCUAUCUAUCUCUCUCUAUAUAUAUAUCCCAGUUUGUUCAUAUCUAUCUAUCUAUCUAUCUAUCUAUCUAUCUAUCUAUCUAUCUAUAUAUAUAUAUAUAUAUAUAUAUAUGUAUAUAUAUCCUAGUUUGUUCAUAUCUAUCUAUCUAUCUAUCUAUGUAUCUAUUCUUUCCAGGCGAUCAAAACGAAACAUUCCAUUAGUUAUGAGUGGAUGGCUGAAUAAAUGUAAAACUACUAACUUUCAUUCUUUUUUCCUUCUUUCUUUCCUUCUUUCUUUCUUUCUUUCUUUUUCUCACUGA